UCUUUAUUGAUUGAUCAGCAAAUUCCAAAACUUCCAAACUCUGAAAGCCUAAGAAAAAGUAAAAGAAGAAGAAGAAGAAAAAAAAUGGUGAAAGUAGCAACGUAUUUCGCGAUGACAUUAGGAGCCUUUAUAUUCUGGCAGUCAAUGGACAAAGUUCAUGUCUGGAUCGCUCUCCAUCAAGACGAAAAGAAGGAGAGAUUGGAGAAAGAAGCAGAGAUUAGGAGAGUAAGGGAAGAGCUGCUUCGACAAAACAAAGAGAGGGAAGAUUCUCUUGCUUAAUAUGUAGUCUUCUAAUGCCGCUGGCUGGUUUCUCUAUUUGUAUUCUUUACUUGUUUUCCUUGAAUUUUGUGUUUACUGAGUCAGAUUUAGUUCUCAUAAGCAUAAUUUUCCUGACGAGUUGAUGGCCAUGAUUGCCAUGGGCACUUUGUUGUUCUGUUUUAUCAAUUUUCAAGCUGUUUCUAUCAUCAGAAGUUAAUGGAAUAUGUAAUUUCAUCUGCUUUUUA